UAACAGCUGACUGUGGUUUAGUACACACACACACACACACACACACACUGAAGGGAAUCAUCAGACAUGGACCAGCAGUGAAAAAUACUUCUGUUAGUGAGAGAGAAGAAGAACAUUGGGCGGGAGGCCGCUUCAGUCAUGGCCGACCCUCCACCAUCUCCACCUGAGGAUCUCAACAAACUCAGUUUCUGGAUGCCAGGAAAUUAUGUGCAGACGGUACGGAGAACGUCAGAGUCGUACCAGGCUUCUAAGGACAUCAUAGCUUGUAUGAAGGACAGAGCCCAGGUCGAGCGUCAGUACGCCCGCCAGCUGACUGAAUGGAGCAAGAGAUGGAAGUCCAUCACAGACAGCCGGCCGCUCUAUGGGUCACUGAUGCGGGCCUGGCAAUGCUUCUUCUCGUCCGCCGAGCGUCUGUCUGCCCUGCACACUUCCAUCUGUCAGUCUCUGAUGGGAGAAGAAGGAGAACGCAUUCGCUCUUGGCAAAAGGAGACGUUUCCACGGAAGAUGUUCUGUGGCUUCAGAGAGUCUCAUGACCUUGAGACGGCUUUCUCGCGAGCUCAGAAGCCCUGGGUGAAACGAUUAAAAAAGUUGGAAAAGGCUCGUGCGGUUUAUCAUAAGUCAUGCCAAAAGGAGCAGAAAGCUCAGGAGAAAGAGAGUCAAGCAAAACACAAGCCCAACCUGAGCGAAAGCAAACUCUCCAAGAUUCAGCAGAUGAGAGAGAAAGCCACACAAGACCGCAACAAAGCACGUGAGCGUUAUGAGAAGGUCUUGGAGAACGUCACUGGCUUUGCACCUCGAUACAUGGAGGAAAUGGAGUCUGUGUUCGACCAAUCGCAGGAGGAGGAGAGGAAGAGGAUCAGUUUCCUGAAACAGGCCUUCCUGUCGGUACACAGACACCUCGACAUCACCAACAAUGAGAGUAUAAAAGCAGUUUACAGUGAACUGCAUCACACUAUCAUGACCAUCAGCGAGCAAGAUGACCUGCGCUGGUGGAAAAACAACCGUGGGCCCGGGAUGCCCACCGACUGGCCUGAACUAGAGGAAUGGAACCCCCCAAUUAAAAAGCAGAAACCAAAAAAGAAAGAAAAACUAAAGAGAGAAACAGAGGACAAAGCGGUCAUGAUCGGAGGCGUGCGUGUACGAGCGAUGUACAAUUAUGAAGGAGCAGAAGCCGAUGAACUUUCAUUUAAAGCAGGUGAGGUAUUCCUCAAGGUGGAGGAUGAAGAUGACCAGGGCUGGUGCUGGGGGGUGAAGGAGGGCGGAGUUGAAGGAUAUUAUCCAGCCAAUUAUGUGCUGCCUGUGCAAUAAUGUCAUAACGCUUAUUUACACUUUUCUGUUUUGGAUAUCAGAAACAGACCGACCAGAAAUUAUUAAAGCGAAAUAUUGAAACGAGAGUCGUCUAAAGUAAUUGAUCCUGAAGCUUUGGUUAGAAAUAGUUUGACUUUUCUGAUACACGUUUGCAAUAACUGAAGUUACGGUGGUAUUAAUAGUGGAUUUACAGUAUGAAUUGAAUGGUCACUUUUGUCAAACACACUCUCUUAAAUAAGGUGCAACUGAAGGUUCUACACAGCGAUGCUCUUAGAAGUACAGUUUUGGAUUCUACAAAGAACCAUUUACUUCUUUCUUACUUUUUUAAUACACGGCUCGUUAGAAUGCUUGAUUCUGAUUGGCUAGUAAAGAUAUUUGCAGGUUCGUAUUUCCCAGAUAUCAACCGCUCAGAAUUAAUAACACACGGUAACCAGGAUGCAGCAAAUCAUUUUGACAGUUUUUUUACUAAUUAAAUAUAUAUACAGUUUAUGUCUUUUAAUAACAUAUACAAUGUUAUAUUUAUAAAUGAUUAAACCAAAUUGCCUGUUAGUUACAUUUGAACGUCGUUUCUUACCUUAAAACCGAUAGUAAACGGCUUUUCCUCAUGGAAGGUCUGCAUGUUUUGAAUGUUAACCAUUCGUGCAAAAAUGGUUCUUUAUAACACGAAGCACCUUUUUAAAGAUAAAGGGUUAACACUUUACUUCAUUUUGCAUAUUAUUGUUUAAAAUAAACUUCACUUUAUAAAAUGGUUUCCUUGAAAAACAGUGUGUGUGUGAAACUUGAAACUAAUACACUAGCUUUGAUAUUUUGUUAUCUAAUACAAUGACAUUUGUAAGUAUGACACAUGUGUUCAAAUAUUUUUGUGGCUGCUGAAUUUCCGAAGAUAAUUACAUUUUGUAUUGCCCCUAUUAAAACAACUUUA